AUGUCUGCUCCUGCCAUGACGGCAAAUACUGCGCCGCCGUCGAAGCCCAACAAGAAAAAGGCAAAGCGGCGGGCAAAGGCAGCGGAAAAGGCGGCACAGGAGCCCUUGCCAUCCGCGCACGAGGCCAUGCUGGGUCUUCCGGACGAGGAGGAGGAGGACUUUUCUGGCGACGACGACGGGCACGAGUCGCACCGCUACCCUGGACUGCCCAACGGACACCUCCGUCAUGACGGGCAUGCUCAUGCUCCGCCGCGGGACGAUCGAUCAAAGCCCAACCGGAAGAAGUCCAUGCCUGUAGGCCGGCAUCACGGGGCCUACGAUGCCGCUUCCUCUAAGCUGCCACCGAUGCAGUACGCACCACCGCAAUCGCGAAGUGGAGCUCUUCGCUCGACACCUUCUGCCACAGGCCACCACCAUUCGGGUAUGAAUAUGAACAUCUGGAACACGAGUUCACAACAGGAGCGACAGAAUAUCAAAGACUUCUGGCUCAGCCUGAGUGAGGAUGAUCGAAAGGCACUGUUGAAGAUCGAGAAGGAGGCUGUGCUCAAGAAGAUGAAGCAGCAGCAGAAGCACUCGUGUUCGUGCACUGUUUGUGGGCGCAAGCGGACCGCGAUCGAGGAGGAAUUGGAGGUGCUUUACGAGGGCUACUACGAGGAACUUGAGCAGUACGCUCACCACGAUCAACCACCGCUCCCAAACUCCGAUGGCCUCAUGCCAGAUCCCUUGCAACGAAGGCCCCACCCGCUAGCAACCCCACCGCCAUUGUUGCCGCAGAUUCACAAAACGAGUCACGUCCGUGAGCAUUUGGAGGAGGAAGAGCUCAGCGAUGAGGAGGAUGAAGACGAUGAAGAGGAAGAGGAGUAUUCAGACGAGGAGGACGAAGAAGAAGACUACUCAGAUGAUGAGCCUGAACAAGAGCUGGAGCCGCCGCGUGGGCAUCCGGGCGUGCCCGACUUCUUCAACUUUGGCUCGCACUUGACUGUCAAAGACAACCUCCUCACGGUAGCUGACGACCUGCUCAAAAACGACGGGCGCAAGUUCAUCGAAAUGAUGGAGCAGCUGGCCGAGCGGCGCAUGAACCGCGAGAUUCAUUCGCAGCACGAGGCAGAAAACCACUCGGGCUACCCGCCCGACGAUCCUGCGUAUGGCCACGAAGACCCCCUGGCUGCAGGCGAAGAGUACGACGACGAGGCCUCCUACGACAGCCAGGAAGACUUUGACGACGACAUGGACKAGGAAGACGAAACGGGUACGCUAACCGAUGAGCAACGUAUGCAGGAAGGUAGACGAAUGUUUCAGAUCUUUGCAGCCCGCAUGUUCGAGCAGCGCGUGCUAAAUGCCUAUCGUGAAAAGGUUGCAGCUGAACGCCAACGGAAGCUGCUAGAAGAGCUCGAGGACGAGAGUAAGCAGCAGGAGCAGCGGGAGGCGAAGCGGCAGCGAGAUGCACAGAAGAAGAAGGACAAGAAGAAGCAGCAGCAGCAGGCCAAGGCGGAGGAGAAGGCGAGGAAGGAUGCCGAGAAAGCUGAGGAGGAGGCACGACUAAAGGCAGCGGAGGAGAAGAGGCUCGAGGAGCAGCGGCGGAAGAAGGAGGAGCAGCGGAAGAAGCGAGAAGACGAGAAGCGCAAGCAGGAGGAUGAGAAGGCACGUAAGGAGGCCGAGAAGCUGCGGCGACAACAGGAGGAGCAGCAGCGGCGAGAAGAUGCCGAGCGCAAGGCACGCGAGCAGAAGGCCGCGGAAAAGGCGCGGAAAGAUGAGGCUCGAAAGAGGGAGCGAAAUGAGAGAGAAGCACGCGAUCGAGAGGCUAAGGAGCGGAAGGCGCAAGAGGAUAGGGRGAGAAAGGAACGAGAAGCCAAGUCCAAAGCGGAACGUGAGGCUAGGGAGCGUGAGAAGCCGGUGCAACCGCUUCAACACCUCACCCAUCCGCAAAUUGCGAAGCGCCCUUCGCAAGCCGGCAUGGUCGCCAYUCCUGGAGUUUAUCCCAAGCAGCCGCAAUCUGGACUUUCCUCACCUCAUCCAUCGAUCGCGACCCCCGCGCUUCCCAAAGCGCAGAAUCCUGCAAAGCAUCGGCAACCUUCCCAGCAAGGCUCGCAUGCAUCAUCACCGAAGCAGCCACAGUCACAAAUGUCAAACGCCCCCAGCAAGUCUUCCUCCCCUGCGAGCGUGGGACACCAACAGCCGCAAGUCCAGCCGAAGACGAUCAUGCAGAAAGUGGGCAACCAGCACAACAACCACCUUAUGCAGAAUCCGCCACCGACAUCGUCACCACUACCACAUCACCACUUUCAACCCCCUCCUGGGAUGCCGCACCUACAGCAGCAUCCAGGUGCGUUCGGUAACAUGCCACCGAUGGGAUUCCAAGGCUUUCCGGGACCGCAGGGACCAAUGAUGCCAAUGGGUCGACAAAUGCCGAUGUUUCCACACCAGGGACCGCCAAUGGGCAUGCAGAAUCGCAUGCCCUUUGGAAAUGGUAUGCCCGGCACGAAUGGUAUGCACGGAAUGGGACAUCCCGGCAUGAUGAUGCCGCAAGGCAGGGGCUUUCCGUUCGAUGCACCUGGCGCACAGGCGCCUCCGGGAUUUGGACAACACAACCACGCCAUUCCGCAGCAGACGUCACUCAUUGGACCCCCUCUACAAGCAACGAGUGGCGAUCAGCGACCAAACUUGCCAGGCCAUUCCCGACAGCAAUCACAUGACAAGGAUCGUUUCGAGUCCACGACUAACCAGCCCAUCGCUCGCCCCGCACCGAUCGCGCGACCUAGUAGCGUUAAGCCGCAAGCAGGCCGGCAAGGGCCAGCCUCAGAAGUCGAUGAACUGUCCAAUCACCUCGGCAGCUCAGCUUUGCUGGACGACUCUGACGAGCCCAUGCCACAAAAUCAAGCAGACGUCCGUCGCCAUUCCAACAUUGCACCCACCGCCCGCAACGUAUCCAUCCCAGGAGGCUUCGGGCCUCCCAUGGGCGGAGGGUUUGGCAACCCAAGCAGCACGUGGAACACCCCCCACAUGGGUAUGAACGCACCGYUUGGUCAAAGCCCAGGCAUCUCGCAGGCUCAACCGGGCUGGGGUAGUCUCCCAAACCCGGGAAUGGGUAGCUGGAUGCAGCAGAACAACGCCGCGUACGCAUCUAAUAAUGCUGCAUUUGCCAACAACGCUGGGUUUGGGGCAAGCCUCGGGCUGGGUAAUGGGGUUGGGGGGCAUCGGCCCAAUGGCGUCGGAAACAGACCCUUGACCAUCCGCAUCGCUCUUUGCCAAGCAUGCAAGCAGCUGAACAAUGCUUCCCGGGGUGAGGGCGAUGGAUACCAUUCUGUAAAAGCCUUGCUUUCGCAGAUCGCCGCGAACCGGCCGCCUCUCGAUUCACCGCCAACUCUGCGUGAGAUUGAAGAGAUCUGCGAGACCGAAGGCGAUAGCCAGAACGGCGGUGGCGAGCUAUAUGUCCGUCGCAACGGUGCUACUACUCCAGAAGGCUCAACAUCACCCAGUGGUGAACAGUCCAGUCCAGGAGGUGGAUUUGCAGUCAAGUGGGAGCCAGCAGCUGAAGCCUCGACACCCGACACGAGCCGAGGCGCACUCAAGGGUCUUGGAGAGAUUGGGAGUCCGCUUCCAUCCAAGACGAGUCCCGCACAAGGAUUUGGAGCUCCGGGCAGUCGUGUUACCCCUUUCGGUGGGAUGGGCGGCUUUCAGAGUCUGAGCGCAGUAAAUUCUUUCGGUAAUUAG